CUGCAAUUCUGCCAUGUACAACAGCAGCCGACAACGUUCGACAAUGCCGACGCAGACGCUGUGGGGAUCUGGCAUACUGGUGUCGUCGGUUAGACAAGUCUGGCCAAUCGCAAUUCCUUGAUUAAAUUGCUCCGGGCUAGAAUAGUUGCGGCACGAAUAACCACGCGCGUGAUGGACCGGUAUAGAGUUCACAGCAGCCGUGAAGAAAGAUAUAAAGAUGUCCUCAGCAGCCCAAAAUCAUUUUGAAUUUUUUUGUCUGGUGUGCUUCUCUGUGGAUACUACGUCGGAUCCCUCUCUUAAUAUAUUUUCAGCUUUCGUCCGCUGAUAUAAAGGGCAUCAUGUUCACCAAGCAGUCCCUCGUGACCCUCCUCGGAGGUCUUUCUCUGGCUAUGGCCCAGACCACCACGGAGGAAUACCCCUCCUUGGCUGAGAUUCGUGCCGCACAGGCUACGGUGCAGCCUUACUCUCCCGUUUCGAAUGUCAAGGGACUGGCGUUCAACCGCUUUGUGAACAUCUGGUUGGAGAACACCGAUUUUGAUGCUGCUGCUGCCACCGAGCAUCUGCCGGUGCUGGCCAAGAAGGGUCUCCUUUUGAACAACUUCUGGGCUAUCACUCACCCUUCGGAGCCGAACUACUGCGCAUCUGCUGCUGGUGACACUUUCGGCAUGGACAAUGAUGACUUUCAUCAGAUUCCUUCCAAUGUUUCUACCAUAGCCGAUUUGUUCGAUACCAAGAACAUCGCCUGGGGUGAAUACCAGGAAGGCCUCCCCUACCCUGGGUACCAGGGUUACCGCUACCCCGAGAGCGGUGCCAACGACUAUGUUCGCAAGCACAAUCCUCUGAUCCUGUUUGACUCGGUCACCGAAGAUGCUCUCCGUCUGCGCCAAAUCAAGAACUUCAGUAGCUUCUACGAUGAUCUGGAGAACCACCGUCUUCCGCAGUACAUGUUCAUCACUCCCAACAUGACCAACGAUGGCCACGACACCAACAUCACCUUUUCCGGCGACUGGACUUGGAGCUUCCUAUCUGAGCUUCUGGAGAACGAUUACUUCACCAAGGAUACUCUUAUUAUGCUUACCUUUGAUGAGACCGGCACCUAUGAAAUUGGAAACAACAUCUACACCUUCCUUCUCGGCGGCGCUGUCCCGGAUGAUCUUCUGGGUACCAAGGAUGACACCUUCUACACCCACUAUUCCGUCAUCGCUUCCCUGUCUGCCAACUGGGGCCUCCCCUCCUUGGGCCGCUGGGACUGCGGUGCGAACCUGUUCAGCUGGCUGGCCAAGAAGACCGGCUAUGUCAACUACGAGGUUGAUACGAGCAACCUGUAUAUGAACGAGACUCACUGGGGUCCUCUGUCCGACGAUGACUACAGCGAGUACUACGCUGGCUGGCCUGUUCCCACAACUGAUGCCAGCUGCUCUGCUGGCAAUGGAAUUCUUUCUACAGUCAAGAAGACCUACGAGGGCUUGACUGCUACCUUCAACUACACCACCCCCUUUCCCUACGACUCUCGCAGCGGAAACAAUGUCGGUGUGAAGUACAGCCGUACCCUGAAGAAUGGCAAGGUCGAGUCCGGUACUUCCGAGUAAGCUGACGCGUCGACAUUUUUGGCCGGGAGGAUAUCAAAUGGAAUGUGGACCCAUG